AUGGGUUUUGACGCUGCUCGUGUGCGUCGUCUGCUCUUUGACUUAGCCUCGGAGUUCAAGAUUCGUGACAUGGGUGCUCCGUCCUUUUUUCUUGCUAUUGAGACAGUCUCCCGGGAUGGUGGUCUUUUUCUUUCUCAGCAACGGUACAUGCGGGACAUUUUGACUCGUGCAAGUAUGGUGGACUGCAAGCCACUAGCUACUCCGGUGCCUGUAUCCUGUCCGGUGCCUAGUUCUGUAGCUCCCUAUGCGGAUCCCACACAGUAUCGUAGUCUUGCGGGAGCUCUUCAGUACCUUACUGUGACCCGUCCGGAUCUCUCUUUUGCUGUGAAUCAGAUUUGUCAGCACAUGCACUCCCCGACUACUGAGCAUUGGGCUAUGCUCAAACGCGUCCUCCGGUAUGUGAAAGGUACUCUUCAUUUCGGUCUCUUUAUCCGUCCGUCCUCUUCUCUUGCUGUUCAUGCUUUCUCGGAUUCAGACUGGGCUGGUGAUCCGAGUGACAGGAAAUCCACCAGUGGUUUUGCGGUAUUUCUGGGUGGCAAUCUAAUCUCCUGGUCGUGUCGGAAGCAACGGACGGUGGCUCGGUCAUCCACUGAAGCUGAGUACAAGGCACUGACUGAUGUGUCGGCUGAGGUCACGUGGCUAGUCUCUCUGCUUCGAGAGUUGGGUAUUUCGCUGGCUGUGCCUCCCAUCCUUUGGUGUGAUAAUUUGGGGGCAACAUACUUAUGCUCUAAUCCGAUUUUCCAUGCUCGCACAAAGCACGUAGAGAUUGACUACCACUUUGUGCGUGAUAAGGUGGCUCAGAAGGAACUACAAGUGAGCUUCAUCUCCACGAAGGAUCAGUUAGCUGAUGUGUCCACUAAGGCUCUUCCAGCUCUACAUAAACCUCUCCUCCUGGAUCACCGUUCGUUUGAAAGCAAGCAAAUCUGCAGUGCAAAAAUGGGGAAGCAGCAGAUGAUUUUGUUGGUGGUGCUGGUUUUGGUUGCUUAUUGUGCAGUAGAAGGUAGAGGAAGAAGAGAGUUUGAUUUUGCAGGAAGGCAAAGAGGUGGUGAGAACCGAAUCUGGAGUGAUUAA